UGCGUCAAUAACUCUCAUAGGAUAAUAUGAUUUUCGAUGAAAUAUUAUACAAAUGUUUGUGUAAACAUAUUUUUGCUGUGUAGGAUGGAAUAGACUUAUGUUUACACACAUAUUUUAAUUGCUUUGGUUUAACUCCAUUGUCCGCAGAUCGUGUGCAUGGCUUUGUUCGCUGUCAGCUUCGCAAUGCCCGCAGCGCCGUCGGCUGAAUCUCAGCCAAUCGAACCCAAAGAAGGCGAACCAAAGGAAAAUCUGAAAACCGCUGAAGCCGCUUACGCUUACUACGGCUACCCGUCCUACGGCUACGGAUACAGUCCUUACUCUCAAUACUACUCAGGCAUCGGAUACAGAAGCGCAGGUAUCGGCUACCCAUACUACGGUGGAUACAACAACUACUACUACAACUCAUACCCUGGCUACUUAGGUUACUAUUAGUGAUAUCACCGAAACGACGCAGUGCAAUCAAAAUGUAUAAUACAAAACAAUUGACUUUAAAUCAAUACUUCCAUAUAUUUUGUACCUCAUUAUUUUUUAUUU